CCCUCCAUCCCUCCAUCCCUCCUCCCUCCUCAGACUCCCGAGCAAGUGAUGCUCCUCGGCGGCGGCCGCGCUUGUCAUCGCCGCAGGGAGGAAGGAGGACGGAUGCGGCGGGUUGUGGGUUUCCCCCCCUUCCCCUGGAAGAUGCUCAUCUGAACAUGGGGGUCUGACGGAGCAGGAACCGACUGUGAGGAGCUGAAGUCCCAUCCGAGAGAGGAGAGGAGAGAGGAGGAAGAGAGGAGGAGAGAGGAGGAGGAGAGAGGACCCGCCGGGACAAGGAUGCGCGCAUCGUUUCCAGCCUCCACAGAGUUUGAAAUGGACCCGAAACGCGCAUCUUUCCGCUGUUUUCUGCAGAAAAUACCGUCUUGGGAUUAAGAGGAAAAGGUGCUGGAGUUGGAACUGGAUCUUUCCUCUGUUUGCUGCAGAAAAUACCGUUUUGUGAUUAAAAGGAAAAGGUGCUGGAGUUGGAUCCGGUCUGGAUGCGGUUCCCAUCUGUGAUGGAGUGAGGAAGCUAGAACUUAUAGACUCCGCCAUGAAAUCAGUGUUUUUCAGCCGCUUCUUCAUCCUGCUGCCGUGGGUCCUCAUCGUCAUCAUCGUGAUGGAUAUAGACAGUAAGAGAGCGGUGCGCGCUCCUGCGGCGGCCCGGACGGGCAGGGUGUUGCAGGGGCGCGCAGCCCGUGUGGCAGCGGGGGGCCCCGGGGGCCCCUGGGGGGUACCCCGAAAUCAGUCCGCCUCACCCGUCAUCUACGCCAUCACCCCCACGUACACGCGGCCCGUGCAGAAGGCGGAGCUCACGCGCCUCGCGCACGCCCUCCGCCAGGUGCCGCGCCUCCACUGGAUCGUGGUGGAGGACGCGGCCGCGCGCACCGAGCUGGUGUCGCGCUUCCUGGCGCGCUGUGGGGUGCCGUUCACGCACCUCCACGCGUUCACGCCGCGCAGGUUCAAGCGCGCGGGCAUGCCGCGCGCCACCGAGCAGCGCAACGGCGCGCUGGCGUGGCUGCGCGCGCGCCGCGGCCGCCGGGACCCGGGGGUCGUUUACUUCGCAGACGACGACAACACGUACAGCCUGGAGCUGUUUGAGGAGAUGCGAAGCACUCGAGGCGUCUCGGUGUGGCCCGUGGGAUUUGUGGGCGGCCGUGCGUACGAGCGCCCCCUGGUGUCCGGGGGUAAAGUUGUGGGCUGGUACACAGGCUGGAGACCGGACAGACCGUUCGCCACCGACAUGGCAGGUUUCGCGGUGAACCUGCAGGUGAUCCUGACCAACCCCAGGGCCGUGUUCAAGCGGCGCGGCUCCCAGCCCGGGAUGCAGGAGUCCGACUUCCUCAAGCAGAUCACCAACCUGACGGAGCUGGAGCCCAAGGCCAACAACUGCACCCGGGUGCUGGUCUGGCACACUCGCACGGAGAAACCACAUCUGGCCAACGAGCCCAAACAUCGACGGGACACCGUGAUCAUCGAGGUGUGAUGGUCGUCGGGGGCCGGACCGGAAUAAACCGGACUGGACCGGACCUUGGGACCGGAAUAAACCGGACUGAACUGGACUAAACCGGACCGCCCCGCUGUGGGAUGGUUGGAUAUGUUCAUCACAGGAACUGGACCUUUUGUUUUCCUCCAUCUGAAGCUCGCUGGUUAAGAACUGAAGUAUAAAUGUAAAAAAAUCACCAUGUCGCUGAACGGAAACGUGCCAUGCAGGUCAUUCUGAGUCAUUUCGAGUCAUUUUGAAUCAUUCUGAGUCAUCUUGAGUCAUUCUGAGUCAUUUCGAGUCAUUUCGAUUCAUUCCACACACACAUCUUCAACCCUCCAACCGACAUCAGUUAUUUCGAGUCAUUCUGAGUCAUUCUGUCAUUUCGCGCCAUGUUGAGUCAUUCUGACUUAUUUCGAGUCAUUUCGAGUCAUUUUGAGUCAUUUUGAGUCAUUUCGAGUCAUUUCGAGUCAUUUCGGUCAUUCUGAGUCAUUUUGAGUCAUUUCAAAUAAUUUCGAGUCGUUUUGAGUCAUUUUGAGUUAUUUUGAGUCAUUCUGACAAAUCUCGAGUCAUUUCGAGUCAUUCUGAGUCAUUUCAAAUAAUUUCGAGUCAUUCUGAGUCAUUUGGAGUCAUCUUGAGCCAUUCUGAGUCAUUUCGAGUCAUUUCGAUUCAUUCUACACACAGAGCUUCAACCCUCCAACCGACAUCAGUUAUUUCGAGUCAUUCUGAGUCAUUCUGUCAUUUCCCGCCAUUCUGACUUAUUUUGAGUCGUUUUGGGUCAUUUUGAGUCAUUCUGACUAAUUUCGAGUCAUUUUGAGCCAUUCUGAGUCAUUUCAAAUAAUUUCGAGUCAUUUUGAGCCAUUUUGAGUCAUUCUGACUCAUUUCGAGUCAUUCUGAGUCAUAUCGAGUCAUUUUGAGCCAUUCUGAGUCAUUUCAAAUAAUUUCGAGUCAUUCUGAGUCAUUUCAAAUAAUUUUGAGUCAUUCUGACUCAUUUCGAGUCAUUCUGAGUCAUUUCGAGUCAUUUUGAGCCAUUUUGAGUCAUUUCAAAUAAUUUCGAGUCAUUCUGAGUCAUUCUGAGUCAUUUCAAAUAAUUUGGAGUCAUUCUGAGUCAUUUCGAGUCAUUUCGAGUCAAGGAGGCUCGUGCUGCGGUUGACGGUCGCUGCCUGUUUUUCUGUUUCAUGACGCUGAGAUUCGGACAUUUGCCUGCGGUUAAACAUGCGUGUUUGCUCUCGUGCACGGAGACGACAAACCCUGCUCUCAUGUCUGUGUUUUUCAGAUAAAACCACAUUCAGAAUAAAGUAAUAACCUUGUGGAAAGACUGGAAAAGGAGUUCAGAAGCACGAAUAAAUGCAUAUUUGAACAGUAAAUAACACCAACAUAUCAUGUUUUUUAUUUGGUACCAGCAGCAUUUUCUAACACGGAAUUUCUGGGUCUCUGGGAUACGGAAGAGUAUUUAAUUACAUUA